AUGGCCCCAGGAGUCAGUGCUCCCCUUCACUUCCCAGUGACACUGGUGGUGCUGCUGUCCCUGCUGGGUUUGGCUGUGGGUGGGAAGCUCCUGGUGGUGCCAGUGGACGGGAGCCACUGGCUCAGCAUGAGGCAGGUGCUGGACAGUCUGCGGCAGAAGGGACACGACGUGGUCGUGGUCGCCCCUGAAGUGAGUUUGCACAUCAAGCCAUCCAAGAACUAUGUGAUGAAAAUGUACCCAGUGCCUUUCACACAGGAAGAGAUGGAGAAAGAAUUCCAGGCAUUUUUUCAUCUUUCAUUUGAAGAAGGAUCUUUUCUGUCUCGAUUUCUUAAAGUGUAUGAAGCGUCGAAAAGAAUCAGUGCCUUUGGGGUCUCCAGCUGCAAAGAGCUCCUUCAAAACCAAGAGCUCAUCAAGUACCUUGAGGAGAGCCAGUUUGAUGCCCUCCUCACAGACCCUGUCCUACCCUGUGGGUCGAUCCUGGCAGAGCAUCUUUCCCUUCCCUCCGUGUAUUUCCUCCGAGGAAUCCCCUGUGGUUUGGAUUUUGAAGCCACCCAGUGCCCCAAUCCCCCUUCCUACGUUCCCAGGAUAUUUACGGACCACACAGACCACAUGACCUUCUUCCAGAGGGUGAGGAAUUUGCUCUACGACUUCCCAAAUGUUUUCCUCUGUGAUUUUGCCUUUCAACCCUUUGCCAAACUGGCCUCGGAGUUCCUGCAUCGGGAUGUGACUGUGCUGGAUCUCCUGCGCCAGGGCUCCGUUUGGCUCCUGAGGGUAGAAUUUGUGCUAGACUAUCCCAGGCCUUUGAUGCCCAACAUCAUUCCCAUUGGAGGAGUACACUGUGCUCACAAGAAGCUGACUCAGGUGGGUCUGGUUUUGAUUUGUGCUGUGGUUGAUUUGUGUGUCCUGAGGGUGAAGUUUUGUGUUACAGAGAGGAAUUGAGUUCCCUUUUUGGGUGCCAGUUCCCUCACAGAGUGUUUUAAAUCUCUGCU